AUGAAGCUGAGCAUUCUUGCCGUCGUCCUUUCUGCUUCAGCCUCCGUGCUGGCAGCUCCCGCUUGUGUCAGCUCCACCAAUGGAGACGGCACCGUCGUCAAGCGUUGCGCCAUCCCCUGGACCAAGAACUACGGCGAGUACGAGAAGCGUGAGGUCCUCGACGAGCGUGCUUGCGUCAGCUCUGUCGAUGAGGACGGAGCCAAGGUGAAGCGUUGUGCUAUUCCCUGGACCAAGAACUACGGCGAAUACGACGAGAAGCGCGCCUGUGUCAACUCUGUCGAGGAGGACGGCACCAAGCUGCGCCGCUGCGCCAUUCCCUGGACCAAGAACUACGGCGAGUAUGACGAGAAGCGCGACAUCGUUAACAAGCGUGCUUGCGUCAGCUCUGUCGAUGAGAAUGGAGCCAACGUCAAGCGUUGUGCCAUCCCCUGGACCAAGAACUAUGGCGAGUACGACGCGAAGCGCGAUAUUGAUGAGCGCGCCUGCGUCAGCUCUGUCGACGAGGACGGUGCCACUGUGAAGCGAUGCGCUAUUCCUUGGACCAAGAACUACGGGGAGUACGAUGAGUAA